AUGUCGAAGCGGAGUGAAUCGGAAGCGACUAGUACCAGUUCCGAUGCGGCAAUGCCGGAAACCUGCAAGGCGUGCAACGGAACGGAUGACUCCCGAAUGGUCCAGUGCGACAAGUGUGACGACUGGUACCACUUCGACUGUGUGGGGGUGAAUCAGGACGUCGAGAAUCAAGAUUGGCUCUGCUCGGUCUGCCAAGAGAAGCAGCAAGCCAAGAACAAGGAAUCGACGGAACCUAUUCCUCCUCCGGUGCCACCCGUAAGUACAUGCGUCACCUGCCCGGUGAGUACUACCAGCAUGAUUCCGUUGAACUCCUCAUCCGAUGUAAUGACGAGCACAUCCGUCACAUCAUCCGUGAUUUUUCCGCCAAAUACACUAUGUCCUCCAUUCAUGCAAAAUGUGCCAAUGCCAUUCCACUCACUAAUGCCACCCCACUCGCUCAUGCCACCCCAGUCGUAUAUGUCGCCUUAUUAUUUGAUGCCACCCAAUCAGUCAAUGCAAAUUAAUUGCCCUAUGUCAAUGCCACCAAUAUCGUCGUAUCGUCUGUCAAGUUCGUACGCUUCGUUUUCGGGAGUGAACAACGGGUCAUGUUAUACAGUGCCAUCAAGUUUCGCUCAGCCUAUUCCGUCAGUGCCCAGCACCGUGCCACCAACGCCCAGUCAUGUUGUACCAACGACCGUCCCAAGGGAAAGACUUCGAAAACAGCUACCGGAGCCACUGCAUCCAGAGAAUCCUCUGAAAACCAAGCAACAAGUUUUGGAGGAUAACACGAGCCAGUAUUCCGAAGCAAGUUCCAGAAGGUCCACCAAGCAGAGACAGUUGAAGUUGGAGUUGCAAAUUCUGGACGAAGAUAGGAAAGUACAGGAAGCAGAAGAAGCACACCGACGCGAAUACAUGCGCAAACGACACGAGCUGUUGAAGGAGAUGAUCAACGAGAAUGGUUCGAUGACCGAUGGGGAGAAAGAGCGAUCGGACAAUAGGAUAGCUGAGUGGCUUAAUGGAUCUUCUGACGCAGAUAUCUGUUCACAGAAGUCACACGAUAUCAGCAGAUUUGGCGAUCCAGAACCGAUCCCAGCAAGAAUUCGCCCUAACCAAGGUCCCAAUCCACUACCAGUAGAUCACCCAAGCGUGACUACAGGAAGCAGACAUCCACGUUUUGACCAGCAGCCAGGCAAUUUCAUUCCGAUUCUACGUUCUACUCCAAGACAGAUGCCAUCGGACGAUGACAACAACUUGACACGUAAUCAAGUCGCCGCUCGCCAAGCCGUUUCGCGAGAACUCCCCCAAUUCAGCGGAACUCCGGAAGAAUGGCCGUUGUUUUACUCAACGUUUACAACAACGACCACCAUGUGUGGCUAUACGCAAGAGGAGAAUCUGAUACGCCUGCAGAAGUGUCUAAAAGGGAAGGCGUACGAAGCGGUUAAGUGUAGAUUGAUGCAUCCUGCCAACGUUAUGGGAAUUAUAUCUACUCUGAAGAUGCUGUACGGAAAUCCAGAGAUUAUCGUGCAGAAUAUGGUGACCAAGAUCCAUGCUACUCCAGCUCCGAAAGCGGAUAGGUUGGAUACACUCAUCGAGUUUUCGCUGGCUGUGCAGAACCUGUGUGCUACGAUCGACGCAUGCCAAUUGGAGGAGUAUUCGUACAACGUUGCCCUGUUGCAUGAACUUGUGGAUAAGCUUCCUCCAGGGUUCAAAGUGGAAUGGGCUAAACAUCGUCGAACUAUACCACGGGUGAAUCUCGAGGCAUUUUCGAAGUGGCUGUACGAGUUAGCGGAAGUAGUGUGCCCGAUCGCAAAUUUACAAAUCAGCGAGUCAAAACCAUUGCGUGGUAACAAGAAACCUCCUGCCUUCCUCAACGCGCACAGUGGAGAGACGUCAUACAAGCUGGAAGACAAACUGCAUCAUCAAGUGAAGAGUGGCCCAGCCGGCUCCGACUCCAAGACGUGUGUGGUAUGCAAGGGCAGCUGUCCAAAUCUGGAUAAGUGUCACCGUUUCAGUGAAUUGGGGUACAACGCCAGGUGGGCUGCGGUGAAGGAGUUCGGGUUAUGCCGGAAGUGCCUCCGGAAACACAACGGUACGUGUAAAUCCAAGCAAGUUUGCGGGAAGAAUGGGUGUACAUUUAAACACCAUCAACUUCUCCACAACAACCAACGUGAUGGAGCUGCCACCAACGUUUCCAGAGCUUCGGGCGAGAACUCCGCUACAAUUGCGCAAAACACUUCCGUUCGUGAAUGCAAUGCUCAUCACAAAUCCACAAACAAAGGACUUUUCCGAGUAGCGCCGGUUAUCAUCCAUGGACCGGGUAAGUCCAUCAAGACCUUUGCGUUCCUGGACGAUGGGUCGUCACUCACACUUGUGGAUUCAUCGAUAGUGCAGGAGUUGAAGCUACAAGGAAAAUCGGAACCGUUAUGCCUCAAGUGGACUGGCAACAAGAGGCGAAUGGAGAGUGAUUCAGUAAAGUUGGACCUUGAGAUUUCCGGAACAGGAGAGAUACAGAAGAAAUAUCGCCUCGCAGGAGCUCAUACUGUUGCUAGCCUGGAUCUGUUCCAUCAAUCCGUAGAUAUGCGAAAGCUGAGUGAACAAUAUUCUCAUCUGAAGGGUAUUCCGAUCGAGUCUUAUAAAAAUAUUCAACCACGAAUCUUGAUCGGAAUCGAUAACGCCAACCUCACAUUUCCACUCAAGGGAAGGGAAGGAAAGAUGUACGAACCAAUCGCAACGAAAACGCGUCUUGGAUGGAUCGUCCACGGAGGUGCGGAUACCGGAGAAGCUCUAGUGGGGCACCACAGCCACAGCGUCCAGACUUGCCCAUGCAGCGAGCGGUCCGAUGAAAUGUUGCGGCAAGCUGUACGUGACUACUUCUCUCUGGAUGGGCUUGGGAUCUACAAGUCGGAAAAGCUUCUCAUCUCUAACGCAGAACAGCGCGCGCAGCGAAUACUGGAGUCAGCCACCCAGAAGGAAAGCGGUCGAUACGAAGUUAGCCUUCUAUGGAAGUUCGACGACAUCAAGUUACCCAACAGCAAACCGGCAGCUUUACGGCGUUUCCAUUGCUUGGAGGCUAGAAUGAAGAAGCAGCCGGAUCUAGCGGAAGUAUUGCGAGAGAAGAUCGAAGAUUACCGACUGAAAGGGUACAUCAGGAAACUUUCUGACGAGGAGUUGCAAACUUCACAAGAGCGGGUGUGGUAUCUGCCGUUGUUCCCGGUGUUCAACCCAAACAAACCCGGAAAGGUGAGAAUCGUGUGGGAUGCAGCAGCUAAAACCAACGGUGUUUCGCUGAACUCAAUGCUCCUGACAGGGCCGGACCUUCUCACACCGCUCGACUACGUUCUCUACCGGUUCCGAGAAUUCCUAGUGGGGCUCAGUGGUGACAUCAGGGAGAUGUACUUGCAGGUGUUCAUGUGCAAGAAGGAUCAGCAUUGUCUCAGAGUGCUCUGGUGCGACGACUCGUCUGGUGACCCAAGCAUCUACGUGACACAAGUUAUGCCGUUCGGUACCUGUUGUUCGCCAAGCUGCGCACAAUACGUGAAAAACCUCAACGCCCGCAAGUUUGAACGAGAAUAUCCUGCAGCCGCUCAAGCGAUCACCAAGCAACACUAUGUGGACGACAUGCUGGUGAGCGUCGAAUCAGAACAGGAGGCCAUUCAGCUCGCCAGGGAUGUAAAAUUCGUGCACGCUCAAGCUGGGUUCGAUAUGCGAAACUGGAUUUCCAACUCACCUGCAGUCGUGGAGGCAAUGAAGGAAGAGAAGACCAACGAGAAGAGCUUAAAUCUCACGAUGGAACUGGGAACAGAGAAGGUUUUGGGUAUGUGGUGGUGUACGUCUACCGACACGUUCACCUACAAGCUUUCACCAAAGCAUGACCGGCAGCUGCUCGAAGGUAAACGCAAACCGACGAAGCGGGAGGUUCUACGGACGUUAAUGGCUGUCUUUGAUCCGCUAGGACUGAUAUCGAACGUGCUCAUCUACCUGAAGGUUCUCUUCCAAGAAGUUUGGCGAGCUGGCAUCGGAUGGGAUGACGUGAUUCCGGAAAGUCUCAACGAAAAAUGGGAGAAAUGGUUGGAGAUUCUACCGAAGGUGCAGGACAUCAGCAUACCUCGCUGUUACCGUUCCUUGACGGAACUGAGUCCACACACGAACAUCCAAUUGCACACGUUUGUCGACGCAAGCCUGUCAGGCUACGCAGCGGUCGUUUAUCUACGUUUUGAGCAGGGCAGCACUGUGGAAUGUGCUAUCGUAGGUGCGAAGACUCGGGUGGCUCCCCUCAAGUUUGUGUCCAUACCGAGGUUGGAGUUACAGGCCGCGGUCAUCGGAGUCAGGUUGGCUGAUAGGAUUACGAAGUCCUUGUCGUUCAAGGUUCAUCAGCGGUUUUUCUGGAGCGACUCGCGUGACGUCCUGUGCUGGAUCCGGUCAGAUCAUCGGCGGUAUUCGCAAUUCGUUGCAUUCCGCAUCAGUGAAAUUCUGGAAACAACGAACAUAGCAGACUGGGGUUACAAGCGGUCGAAGGAAAAUGUUGCUGACGAUGCUACCAAGUGGCAGGGUAUGCCAAACCUCACCGAAGAUAGCCGGUGGUUCAAAGGACCCAGUUACUUGUGGGAACGUCAAGACCGCUGGCCAUCUAAUCCGUACCGUGAAGCUGGCACCGAUGAAGAACUCCGUGCAAAUCUCUUCUACCAUCAAGUGCAACCUCAACCAAUCAUCAACGUUCGCGAAUAUUCUUGUUGGGGGCGCCUGUUACGAGUCACAGCUACAAUAUUUAGAGCCGCACGCAACAUGCGCAGCAACGCGAACAACACAGAACGCAUCACUGGUCCGCUAUCAGCUGAGGAACUGAAGCAUGCAACUAACUAUCUGCUUCGACUUGCUCAGGCAGAAGCCUUUCCAGACGAGAUAAGUGUCCUUAGCGCGGGUGCUGCCAGCAAGGCGUUGCAAACGUCGAGUACGAUUUACGUACUGAACCCUUUCAUGGAUGAGCAGAAGGUACUUCGGAUGCAUGGCAGGAUCAACGCAUGCGAGAACGCUUCCAUGGACGCUAGGAAUCCAAUAAUUCUCCCGAAAGAUCAUCAUGUCACAUGGCUCAUAGUAAAGGAUCAUCAUGAGCGGUACCAUCAUCAAAACCACACUACCGUCGUGAACGAGUUGCGGCAAACAUUCCGGAUCCCGAAGAUCAGGCGGCUAUUUCAACGAGUAAGAGCAAGCUGUCAGGAAUGCAAAAACCUAAGGGCAGUCCCACGUCCACCUCCUAUGGGCGACCUUCCUGAAGCAAGACUGGCGGCAUUCACGCGGCCGUUUUCGUUCAUUGGCAUUGAUUAUUUCGGUCCUUUGUUGGUGGCAGUAGGGCGUAGAACUGAAAAGCGGUGGGGUGUGCUUAUAACAUGCAUGACUAUACGGGCGGUACAUAUUGAAAUUGCACAUUCGCUUAGUGCGAAUUCGUGCGUAAUGGCAUUGAGAAACUUUAUGGCACGGCGAGGCGUACCGAGAAAGAUCUAUAGUGAUCGAGGCACAAACUUUACGGCAGCAAGCAAGGAACUUGUGGUGGCGAAUGAGGAUCUUGAGGCAGCGCUCACGGAGAUGGACCAGGAGAUGUUAAUCAAGGAGAUAGUCAGUCCCGAGACGGAAUGGUCAUUUCUUCCUCCAGCGUCUCCCCAUAUGGGAGGAGCCUGGGAAAGGCUAAUACAGUCGGUGAAGAAGAAUCUCUCAGCGAUGAAACCAGGGCGAAAUCCAACCGACGAAAGUCUCCGCAAUAUGCUGAUCGAAGUGGAAAAUAUCAUUAAUUCCCGUCCGCUUACGUACGUUCCGGUGGAGGAUCCAAGUGCUCCUGUAUUGACACCCAACCAUUUCCUGCUGGGUUCCUCCAGUGGUCUCAAACCAUCCACGGUGUUCGACGAUAGUGCAGUGGUUCUACGACGGUCAUGGUGUGCAUCACAGGUAGAGGCGAAUAUUUUUUGGAGACGAUGGGUACGAGACUACCUGCCGGACCUAACCAAGCGAACAAAGUGGUUCAACGAGGUCAAGCCGAUUGAAGUGAACGAUAUUGUGGUAGUAGUCGAUUCUGGAUUACCACGGAACUGUUGGCCUAAGGGAAGGGUCAUCUCAGUCAACAAGGGUAAAGACGCACAGGUGAGGUCAGCGGCGGUUCAGACCCAGACGGGCAUCUACGAGCGUCCGGCGACAAAGCUGGCCGUCCUUCAGGUUCGUCGCGAUGAGGAGGUAAACCAAGGUCUUGGCGUACCCUGGGGGGAGUGUGGCGACCCCUCGGUCGGCGCGCCUCACCACCUGGGUUAG